CAUGGAGAACAGGAUAUGCCUUUGCAGCAUUUGGAGUUUCUGCCUGUGUCAAAGACAGAUUCUUCUGGUGAAAGUAAAAGUCCUCAAUUCCCAAUGAAACAAUGCAAAAUGUAUGAAAAGCUGCUCAGCACUGAGGAUGACAGUGAUGACCCAUUAUCAUCAUUUGAAACUGGGGACAGAGUGUUGGUAAAGCAGAGCCAGCCUGGAACUCUGAUGUUCAAAGGCCAGACUCAUUUUGGCAGUGGCCACUGGGCUGAUGUUGCACUGGACAAAGCUGAAGAUGACAAUGCUGGAACUUACGAAGGGGUGAAGUAUUUUGAGUGUGCUCAGCACUGUGGGGUCUUUGUCAGACCUGAUGAGAUUUCACACCUGUUUGGGGUUAACAAAAAUAGUUCCAGUUCCAUGGGGAAUGAAGACUCUGACUCCUUCCAUGAUGAUGAUGACUCCCUCAAAGGAGACUGCAACUAUUCUGAAGAUGAUGAGCAGAGAGUGGGGUUUGCAGAGGAGAAAGCAGAAGAGACAAACAGUGCAGGAGGUUCAGAAGUGAAAGAAAACCAGUCUGGGUUACACAGUGCCUUGCUGUCUGGAAAAGGGCAAAAGUUUCCUUAUUCCAACCAGAGUAACAAUAAUGAAUUCCUCUGUCAAAAAAACUUAAUGUACUUAGGAUCAGAUAAAGAAAAAACAGAACAGGCACAAAUAAAACAAACUGUAUUUGCAGAUGUUCUUCCAGAGAAAAGCAAGACAGAUGAGGUAAACACAAGCAAAAAUAUUUGUUGCUUGGUAGAGGAUCAGAAAAGAAUUAAACUUGCUGAUGAUAUUGCAAGUGAACUCAGUAAAAAACUUCUGUUUGACAUUUUAAUUGCAUUUUCUGAAACAGCUCAACACAAAUAUAAAAAUGCCUUUGAAAAAGACAUGAUGAAUUAUGGCAACGGCCUGAGGCAAGAAGACAAUCAGAAACCGUUUCCCCUCAAAGAAAAUUCAGUUGCUGCCUUAUCUGAACCAUCAGCAAAGGUUUCUGAUGUUUUACUGGGUGAUUUUGAUACGCUUUGCAUUCAUGGUUGUCACACAGUAACAGACAGAAUUGUAACUAAAUUUAUAGAUGAUGCAGUUAAAGAAUAUAAGAAGAUUAAAAGAAAACACAGAUCAAAAGCAGACAAGAUACUUCAUUUAUCUCCAGAGACUUCUCCAACCACUUUGCCUCUCCUUUUAAAAAUCCUUGAUGCUGGUGUUUUUGGAAGCUCUAAAGAUUUUGAUCAGCCUAAUUCUGACCAAAACAUGCUGGUGAGACAGACACAAAAGCAACACUUGUACAAAUCAGACCAGUGGCACUCAGCUCCUUGGAAGAAAACUGUGGAAGUCCCUCUUGUGAUACCACAUAACAGUUCUUAUGUUAAAAAUUUGUCUGCAUAUGCUGUAGAAGAAUUAUGGACCCCAGAGAACAUAAAAUCAAAUUUCAGGAACAUCAACGUGCCAAAGUACUUGGAAUAUAGUGAUCUCUCGGGGAAUGAUUUGGAAGCAGAAAGCAAGAGGAUGUAUAAUCAGGUUAUAUUUGAUUUGAGCCAUGAGUUGCUGCGUGAAGAGUAUCAAGUGACUGCAAAGCCAAAUACGUUCCCAUGGAUGAAAAAAGAAGUGGGAUCUCCCUGUUCCAGGCAUCUCUGCAGAAGGACAGACAUCAGAGAUGCCAAGACGUUUGUUCAGGGUGAAAUUAUUAAAAUAAUGAACCUGGAAAAGAAUGACUUAGAAAUGAAAAGAAAAUUCCUAAAUAUGACCAAGUAUGGAAACUGUAAGAGAGACAGAGUGGACCUUAUUCUGAUCCAGGAGCUCCGCAAAGAAGAAUCUCAGUGGAAUUCCUAUGGUGAUGAUGAAUUAACAGUGAAGAUGAGGAUGGCUGAAGCCAUAUUUGAUAGCUUGAUCCUUGACACAAUCAGAGUUCUUAGCAAGAUUUAUCUGAAAAAAGCCUGUUUGAAAGGUGACUGUGCACCAUCUUUUUUCUUUUAGUAUGCUGUGGAACUGCUUAAAAGGAGCCUGGAGAUGGCUUCAGAGAGGUGGCACAGGGAAUGGCAGGACCUGGAGCCAGACAAUCAGGUUAAAUGUCUAUAAUUUUAUGCAAAUGAGGCAAAUGCCGAUGUGAUGCACUUCAAAUUGGAGAUUUUUUCUAUCAGCACCUUCAAUUCCUAACAAUUAGAUGUGUGCCUGUAAUUGGGUUAUUUAUCAUGCAAUUCACAGGAGCCCAUUGAAUUUUUAUGAUAUCUGAAUGUGGGGUGCUGAGAGUGCUUUAAUAGACAAAAGAGAGGAAAUCAAUACUGCUUUUGUAUUGGCAAAACUGGAAAAAUCAAGAUUUUGACAAGGAAAUAGAAGCAUUUCCUCAGCAUGGUAAUUGUUCACUGUGCUAAUUGCUGUAGUCCCACCUAUUUUGUAUUGAGAAAAUCAAAUUUUUGUUCUUUUUAAAAUAAAUACUGUGCAAAUAUUUCUUACUGGAAUUCAGAAACUGUUCAUUAUUGAAUAAUUGAUUGUAAAGAGAUCAGAUUUUUCCAAUCCUAUUCAGAGAUUCUUUCAAAUAAAAUUAGAAUCAGGAUCAAUAAAGAUAAAUUAUGUAUAAAACUUAAGAUUUAAAAAUACAGUACUUAAAAUCUGCUUGGGGGAAUAGAAAGACAUUUUGUUUGUGAUUUUAAAUGCUGUUGCCUUAUAGUUUCUUGUACUUGUUUUCUGAAUAAAAUGAUACACAUUGUUUA